UUUGGCACUGCUCGCAGCUCUUUGAAGAUUAGUAGUGACUGCCUGUGCGCAGCGUGCCAACAUGGGCAUCAAGCGAUGCAUGAAUGCUGGCAAUCUGCCUUCCUGGUCGCUCUGCUGAUCAUCGUUUCUGCAGGACGACCAACUUGGACGUUCUGGACCAACCCCUUUCGGAGACGAGCUGUGCCGAGCAUGGAAGACCUGGACAGCUUCUAUCAAUCUCUUGAAGGCAGUGUGCUUCCACGCCUGACAGAGAACCCUGGUCCUCUGCCCUGCUCUGGGCAUUUCACGGAAAUCUUGGAGAAGGCCCUCGAUCGCUGGGAGGCUGGCGACCCGGCGCUGAAGCCGCACAUCCUUCACUCCACCGAGGAGUUCGUCACCAUUUACGACGGCUACCCGAAGGCUGCUGUCCAUCUGCUUGUGCUACCUCGGCUGCGGGUCGCUGGGCUGGCACAGGUAAAGGAGGUGCAUCUACCCAUGAUCAGGCGACUAGCAGUCUAUGUGGCUUGGAUCAUGGAGAUCUUAGACAAGUCCGGCGCUGGCUGGAUGCAUGGAAUCCACGCAGUGCCGUCGCUGCGGCAACUGCACGUCCACCUGCUGACGUUGGACAUGAAUACACCAGCCAUGAAGAAUGCCAAGCAUUUCAACUCCUUUCGACCACCUUUUCUAGUCUCUUUGGACGAAGUGUUAGCCACCCUGCAGGAAAAAGGUGGCUUUCCGGAAAGGUAUUUGGAAAGUCUUCACGAGGAGAUGAAGAAGCGAUCUCUUUGUUGUCAUCGUUGCGGCAUGAACUUUGGACGCCGCUUUGCCGAGUUGAAGAGGCACCUCGCUGCAUGCAAGAGCGAGGCUUCACCGCCAUGGCCGCCUCCCAGGUUGUGGCGGGCGGACUCUGCUGCCAAGGGCACCAAGCGCGAUAGGGAAGGCGAUGUGAUCGACCUCUCGGAUAGCUGA